AUGGAAGAGGCCGCCACAUGGCAGGAUCUCCCUCUCCAUGAACACAAGUUCGUCUGGGAUGAGGCCGAGGGCAAGUUUUGGAGAGACUUCAACGCCAAGCAGGAAGCCCAACAUUCCGACAAUGAGAGAAAGUUCCAGCUGACCCUGACAGAGGCCAAGGUCGAGCUGGGCACACUGGACGGGAGGCGCAACCAGCUCAGCAAGCUCCGCGAGAGGCUGGCGCUGGAGCUGAGCCAGCUCGACAAGGAGCUGGCCCAGGUCAUCACCGAGUGCGACGCAAAGACGGACAGGAUCCUCGCCAUUGAGCGCAACUACCGCCACGAUGAACAAGACUGGCUGCAGCAGAGGGAGAAGGUGACCGAGACCAUGAUCCGCUGGUUUCAGGAGAAGCGGGAGGUUGCGGCCAAGGCCCAGGCGGCGGGCAACGGCACGGCGGGCGAACUCAUCAGCAAAAAGGCCAUUGACGCCUCCCGAAGCCUGGCUGAGGGCGAGGCCACCGAGAUGGAAGGCGUCGAGUACUGGCACGAGCAGGGCUCACAGCAGACGCCCAUGACGCUGCCGGCCAUUGUCACCAGACAAGUGGCGGCCAAGACGGCGAUUACGCCAUUGACGCCGUCCCUGGCCUCCUUCAAGGGCAUCCUCCAGGAGCCCAUCGAGCCCAUUGUUGACCUCGUCGACGCCGACGGACGCAUCAUCGGGCCCAUCAACAAGACCGAGCCGUGGAACCAGUGGGUGAAAGCCAUCCUCGGCCUGCCCAUCAAGCGUCCCGUCAAGAUCCGCCGCGGCCGCAAGUUCACCGCCGACCACCUCGCCGGCAUCUACGAGCACACCGAGGCCAAGGGCGUCAAGUGGCUGUCGUGCAUGAUCCAGGCCAUUGGCGAGGUGCAGGAGCAGCGGUGCGUCUCCUGCGACAAGAACCAGGGCGCCUUUGACGACUGCAUCAUCAUCGGCGGGCCUCUGUUCCAGAAAUGCGGCAACUGCGAGUGGAAUCGCCAGGGCUGUCAUGGUGCGGCUCUGCGCAAAGACGGAGGCUCACCGGCCGCUGAUAGAGAUGUUUCGCCUCGUAGCAUUCCCCAAGAGGAGGCUUCCACUGAAACAACAUCUAGCGGAGAGGGACUUGGUAUCAGAGAAGUCAUCGAGGCAAACGGAGUCUCGCAGAGCUCUCCACGAAAUGCGCAUAUAAUACUCUCACCAACCGAAACAAAGGUGGAGAUUGCCACAGAGCCAUCGCGACGAGCAUCUCCGCAGGAAGAGCCGAGAAAGGAGGUCGAGGACAAGAAGGAGCCGAUCCGGGAUCAGCGUGAUGAUAGACGCGAGCAGGAGAUUAUGGCACAGCAGACUCUGCAGAAUCUCCAGGUUCGAAAGGAGCAGGCUGCCCAGGAGGCACUCGCUGCUGCGGCCGGGUUUGCUCAGCACGCCAUCCAGUCGACUGAAAUGGCCAACUCCAAGCCGUUUCAGCAAGAAGAGCUCAAGCCCGUAGCCACAGAGAGGCGUGUGCUGCCUUCUAGUCGACCAGCUAGUUAUCAGUCUGAGCAUCAACAUCAACAACAUCAGCAUCAACAUCACCAGCUGCCGGCACUCAAAGAGCCCCGCCACGAGCCAGCUCGAGCAUACACAUUCAGCUCGGGCUUCACUCCCGCCAAUGUCCCCAGCCGCCCUUCCUCCCAGGACAACAGUCCCACGCCACGCUCCAUCGAAUUCUCGCCCCAGCCCUCAGAUUCAGCCGACCACCCAGACCUCCCCAAAAUCACCCGCGAGACACUUGUCCUCAAACACAACGGCCGGGAAUACACCUACCCCGAAAUCAUCGAGGGCGUGCCCCUGGAAAAGAUUGACCCAAGCCACCCCUACUGGGACCCCAAGUGGCCCGACAUCAAGAGCCUGAUCGAGCCGCCCCUGAACCAGUGGCGCGAAAAGCACCAGCAGGCCAUGCAGUCCAAGGACAAGGGCGUGGACAAGGCCUCGACGAGGUUCCAGCUGGGGCGACAGGUGAACCGCGGCCUGAAGAUCCUCGAGUUCCUGGACGAGGGCGACAUCAGCCCCUACCAGCUGCUGAGCAAAAAGUACACCACGUCCGGCAAGGGCAGCAUCACUUCCUACGACACCCUCUUCCGGCUGUGCGAGACGCUGAGCGAGCUGGCCAAAUAUGGUCUCGACAUCCAUCCCCUGGAGUGGAUGCGACAGCGCCUGCACGAGCUCUGGCUGGAGCAGGGCGCCGCCUUCAACGUGUCGAGGAUCAUCCACAACUUCUACAACGACCCCAAGCUGGCACUGCUGCGUGCAAAGUCUGGCUUCAAGAACAUUGGCCGGCCUUCGGGCGUCAAGGCAAGCCGCCGCAGCCAAGGUGCCCCGUCCAACGAGGCCCAGCACCAUGUAUCCAAGCGAAAGAGCACCUACUCCUUCAACGGAACAACUGCCGACCACGACGGGUCCUCAACAGACCUGACGUCUGAAGGCGGCAACGACAACCCCAUGAUGGCCUCUGAAUCGCCCGUCUCAGGCGGCGGCCCCAUCAGCAAGCGCGCCAGGACGCUCUCCCCAUCUAUUCGGCCAUACCGCAUCCUCGUCGACGACACGGCCGACUUCACCGACACGGAUCUCUGGAGCGGCGCCGCCCUGACAAAGGACGACUUCGGCAUCGACCAGAUCAAGUCGCGCCUCUACACCAGCUCGUCCCGCGUCACGCAGUACCUGCACUGGUCCAAACAAGGGCGCUGUCUGGAGCACCAGGUCCUGAAGGAGGGCCACCCGGCGCGAUGGGGCGUGCUGAAGCAGCCAGUCAACUUUGACGUGCGCAUCGACGACGUCAUGGACGUGGUGUGGAACCGACGCGUCAUGAAGGCGCAUUUCAUGAUGGCCGAGAGAAGUAGCAGCAGCGGUGGUGAUUCUACCACACGGCUUGCGUCAAAGGAUGGACGGCCGAGGGGGGGUGUGAUUGUGUCUUUCAAGCGGGAGAGGACGCUGAGGAGGCUGAUCAAGGUACUUGAAAGCAUGAGCGUGAGGACGAUUGAGGGCUCUCAGGAGGAAUUGGAGCAUCGCUGGGCAAUGAUGCAGUCGGAGCUGCUCUCCGAUAGAGACGAGGAGAUUUCGGGCGAGGAGAUUAAGAGGCCGGCUUCGGCGUCCAAGCUGCCCGUUGCUUAUUAA